UCAGUCAGUUACCAACAAAAAAAUACCAAAGCAACAACUAUUAAACCACAAAAUUGAAAUACAGAAAUUAAAGCUAGAAAAAAAAACUAUAUAAUUAUAACUAAGUUUGCAAAAUAGAAAAAAAAAGACUUCGAAAAAAAGAAAGUUAAUUAUAUACUAAAUAAUGGAUAAACUAAUUUAAAAACAAGAUUUAACAAGAAAAAAACUUAUUAAGAAACCAAAACUAUUCUUUAAUUAUAAACUCUACAAAGGCGUUGCAAUUUUUACUGUUUUUUUCAGCUUUUUGUAGAUACAUAUUUGCAAAUUUGGCCAUGAAUUCAAGCGAAAGUGUUUGAAAGCCAAAAUUGUUUCUAUAUAUUAAUUUAAAGUUGAACAAACGUUGUAGUUUGGUCAUGAAUUUACCAAAAAGUAUCAGGAGUUUUUUCAGAGCAACAAUUUUUUUAAACAUGAAACAUGCAGAGGAAGUUGCCGCUACAACAGCUACAACUGCCAUCGAAGAUAUAUCGGAAAAUCUCAUUUCUCCCGAUGAAGCCGUACACCAUGAACAAUACCAACAACAACAAGAACCAAUUGAAGAGCACAUGAUGGUAGAUGACUCAUUUAAUCGCCAUGAACAGGAAUGUCUAUUACAACAUGAACAAGAGCAACAACAACAACAACAAAAAGAACAGGAGCAACAACAUGAACCAGCAUUUGAAAAAAAAUUGAACAACCUCACGCAGCCGCUGAAAUUUCUGAAUCCAUAGAAUCUCCCAUAGAGCAACAGCAACAACAAGAAUUAGAAAGUGAAAUGAUGGCAGUGGAAGAGCCCAUAAUUGAGGCUAAACAUUCUGCACCACUUUUCACCACCGAAGAGACUGAAAUUAUAACCAAAACCGAAGAAUUAAUUGAAGAGAAACCAGAAGAGAAACCUGAAGAAAAACUGGAAAUACCCCUAAGUAUGGUGCCAGAAACAGCUCCAGCUGAACUAUUGGAACCACCCAUGGAGCAACAAAAUGAGACUGAAACGAUUAAGCACGAAGAAAAGGAAGUAGUGGAAACAGAGCAAAAACACAUUGAGGAAUUAAUUGCUGAGCCUGUUAAGCAACCAGCAGUAGAGGAAGUGAAGCCUGAAGCAGAAGAAAGUGUUAAACAAGAAGUAGUUGAAACUCCCGAAGUAAAAGCUGAUAUGCCAGUUGAGGCUGUGGCGGUAGCUGCUACCGCUGCUGUUGCCGCAACUGCAGCUGCUGUAGCUGCCAAAACAGCUUCUUCACCUUCAAAAACUAAGACGGAAUCAGCAAAGAAACCUUUGGCUAAGACUACAACUACGGCCGCUAAGCCUAAAGUUGGUACUACAACAGCUACUAAGAAACCAGUUGAAGCUGCUAAAAAACCAGUUGGUUUAGCUGCCAAGCCACGUGCGGCUCCAGCUAAGCCGGCCGCUACCCCUGCUGAGAAGAAACCAAUUGCCAAGACUACCACCACCACUUCGGCUCGCAAACCAUUAAGUGCUACAAGUACUACCGCCUCGAAAGUGUUGUCUAAAACAACCACCACUACUUCGACUACACGAACAACAGCAGCGUCUAAACCAGCAACUACUACUAGGCCCACAACAGCACCACGCACUGUGUCUUCAACCACUACUACUACUGCACGUAAACCAGCAACUACAAAUGGACCUUUGGCUAAACCACGUCCUGCUACGGCUCCCGCUAAACCCACUACACUUGGUUUGCCAGCAACAAAUGGUGCACCCAAACUUAAACCUACAUCUCCCCGGUCUACUUUAGCCUCGCAAGUACGUAAAACAGCUCCAUCUACUGCUACUGCAGCCAAGAGUCCUGUUAAAUUGACUGCCACAAACGGUGUCACCAAAACAGCGGCUACAACAUUGGCCUCCAGAACAAAACCUACCACAUCGACAGUAUCAAGCACAGCUGGCAAAACUUUCACAGCACGUCCAGCUCCCAAAUUUACCAGUAGCUCAAGCUCAACUACUACUACCACCUCUACUAGGCGUCUGACAGUAGGUGGCACUACUACCGCCUCCACCACUACCACAACUACUAAAACUAGCAGUACUCCUUUGCGUAAGUCUUCACCUACUAAACCCGCCACCGGCAGGACACCCACAAAGUCAACCACAGCUGGAGGUUUAAAAUCGAAAACCUCUAACACUACCAAACCAGACUCUCCUCCCGCUAAGCCGGCUCCCAUUAGAAAGCCAGUAGAUAAAACUGCUAUUGCCAAUGGCGAUGCCAACAUUAACAAGGAAUUGAAUGGUACUGCUGAAAAGAUAGCUGCACCCGCUGAACAACAACAAACUUCUCCCCAAAAUGGUGAUUUACAGGCUGUGCAACUCGAACAACAACAACAACAAAAUGGUGAUUCCAGUAUUCCUAUGCAGACUGAAGAGCAACAGCAACAACAGCAGCAGCAAUCAUUACUAGAACCCAGAGAUGAACAAAUUCCUAUGGAUUUAAUAAAUGCUUAAACGAACAAAUUUGAAAAAAGCAUCAAAGACUUUCGAACUUUCAACACACAACUGUUUUCUUUCGAAAUGAGGGUAGGCCCUCUAUAUCAAUAUUUAAUAAAAAAAUAUAUUAAAAAAAAACAAAUAAAAUUUUAAAUCCUUUUUAGGAAAUAAAAUAUAAAAACCAUCAAAAGCUUUUUUUCUCCAUAAAAAAGCCUAAUUGUAUGUGAAGAAUCUUAAAUCUUAAAAACAAAAAAACAAAUUACAACAUUUGUUUAUAAAUUUUGGAACGUUUUAAAUAACACCUUGUUGGGAAAUUAACUCUACCAUUUAUAUACAAAUGCUGUAAAAUAACUUUUUUACUUAAAAGUAGUUUUUAAAUCAAACAAAACAAAAAAUUCAAUGUAAAAGUAUUUGAAACAAACAUACUCUCUCUAUCUUUGUCUCUUUUUUAAAGAAAAAAAAAAAAAAAACGAAAACUAUAUUUUACGAAAAUCUUCGUUUUUCUUUAAAUUUUAUACAUUUUUUGUCGUUAAGAGUUUUGUUUAAUUGUAGUACAUUGAAGAAAAUAUUAUAUUUUUUUUUAAAAUUUUUAUGUUUGUGUUUUUUAAACGAAAAAAUAUAUAUAUUUCGAAA